GGGCGAGCGAGGAAGACGAGCACAGGACUACCUGGGCCAGCCCAUUAGUGCACGCUAUGAACGUGUCAAUCUCUCUCUCAACAACAACAAAAACAAAACAAAAGGUAACCCGUCCAGACCUGCACUGAGCUCAGUCGUCUUCUUCCAGUUCCCCCGCCGCCGCCGUCCACCCAAAUCCCCACUCGCCGCCGCCGAUGGCAGCACCCAACACGGCGGCUCCUCGCGCAGCAAGCACCUGAUUGGCCGCUCCCUAUCUCCACGGAUGGCGAUGACGGGGGGCUCGAUGGACAGCCUCACCGACGACAUCCUCGCCGACAUCAUCUCGCGAGUGCCCUACAAGUCCACCUGCUGCUGCAAGUGCGUCUCCACGCGGUGGCGUGACCUCAUCACCCACCCCGACCACCGCUCCAAGAUGCCCCAGUCCCUGCUCGGCUUCUUCUAUGAAACCUAUGACAUAGCCCGCUUCCCACGGAAGGCUCGCUAUUUUAUCAACGCGUUAGCGCAGGGCUUCCCUCCUCUUGUCGACCCCUCGCUAUCGUUCCUGCCCAAACAUGAGAGUCUUCACAUCUUGGACGGCUGCAACGGUCUCCUCCUCUGCCUCCUCCUCGAGGAGGGGACUGAUGCUGAUGAGAUCCAAUAUUAUGUGGUGUGCAAUCCCUCCACGGAGAAAUGGGUGGUCGUGCCUACCACCGACUGGUCUAGGAGGGCAGAAGUUUACCUGGCCUUCGAUCCGGCUGUCUCCUCCCACUUCCAUGUGUGUGAGCUCGUAGAUUCUGAUACCUGGCAUGCUGAUGGUACUGGAACUAUUGGAGAUAUUGCAGCCGUGGUGAUAUACUCGUCCAAAACUGGAGUCUGGAGUCACAAGGCCGAUGCUUGGACCGGAUCUAGUGUUGAUAUACCCAUCGGUGCGAAAAGCGUCUUCUUUAGGGGGGAGCUGCAUUUGUGUGCCUACGAUAAUCAGCUUAUAUCCAUUGAUGUGGAGGAAAACGAUUGGAAAUCCAUUCAUCUUCCCGAAACAGUUACCAUUUAUUUUGGCAUUUAUCUAUCACAUGGUCAGUUGCAUUUUGCAAAUAUCGGUCUUUCUGCAUUAUCAAUAUGGGUUCUUGAGGACCCCAGUAAUGAAAAUUGGACCUUGAAGCGCUAUAUCAGCCACUUACAGCUCUUUGGAACAGAGUAUUCAGCAUAUGCGGAUGAUUACAGUGUUAUCUCAAUCCACCCCGAAGACAAUUUGAUUUUCAUAGUCGCUGGACACAUGCAGACACUCAUGUCUUAUGGAAUGGAUUCCAUGAAGCAGCGUAUUAUACGUCCACUUGGAUCUGUUAGUAGUAACAGGGUUCAUUGUAUUCCAUAUGUUCCGUUGUUCUUAGAGUCAUUGGCAGAUGGACACUAAAUGCCGUGCUUCUCCAGUGUUUAGGACUUGAGUAACAGUCAGUUGGAUAGACUUUUAUGAAGUUGCGAUAGUUUAUGUCUCGUGGUAAGUCGCGACAGUUUCUGUUUGUGCUUGAGUGCGCUAAUGUACCUAGCUUAUGCAGCUACGUGUUGCACUUAUCUUUGUUGCUCUGCAUGUUUUGAUGUUCUCAUGUAUAAGCGGACCAUGAGUUGUAACCCCUAGUACUUAACCAUGGAUAUUGUCUUCGUAUUGUUGAACUAUGAUUAUUGUCUUCAAUAUGUAGUUUCUGGUCUAUGCUUA